AUGUUUUCCAAAUUGAAGAUGCUCAAAGACCCGUCGCCCGACCUAACAGAUCCGGACUAUGAAGAAAACGAGCGACUUCUGGCAGAAGAGCAAGGUCAAAUAUGGUCGGGAGACUACGAAACUGACGGCUGUCACUCUUUGGCAUCCAGCCUGCUUCAGUUUACGUUACUAGGAAUCUUCUUCCUCGUGGGAACCCUGCUUGGGUUCUUUUGGCGAGGUGAUCUAGACGGUCUUUGCAGUCAACAUGUCUCUCAGUAUUCCCCGAUCAUAAAGGAGGUGGGAAUAUCGUACCAUCUAGAAGAUUUCAACGGCUCUCUUCUUCGAGAAAAUAUUUUCCGACAAGAUGCCGGUCCAGACGUUGAUGCGGCAUGGGAAUCAUUAGGAGUGAAUUAUCAAGGGGUUCGGGUCUCAAAGGAAGAGGCGAUAGAGUCAGGUAUUGCUGUGGACCAAGUUCGAAUUCAAGAGAAAUAUGGUGGAGGGUAUCUAGCAAAUGUUGAGGGACUUCAUCAUCUCCAUUGCCUGAACCUUCUCCGCCAAUCGCUAUAUUAUAACUACGACUACUAUCAUUCAAAACAGGAGGGGCUUUUUGAAAAGAACGACUACAUUAUUCGGCAUCAUGUCUCACACUGCCUCGACGUGCUCCGCCAUCAACUCAUGUGUACCGUGGAUACAGGCGUUUUGGGCCAUGUCUGGAUAUACCCGGAGAACCCAGAACCAUUUCUUGAUCUCAAUACCCGGCAUCGAUGCAAGAACUUCGAGGAUGUGCGUCAAUGGGCCGAGGAAAAUCAGCUUCCCGAAAAACCCCCAGAAGAUUUCCUUCAGCGCCCUACACCUGGCGGUAUGAUUUAUACACAGAUGCCGUAG